GCGAAGACACACUCCACCACCCACCAGCCCCCCACUCCCAAGCAAAUGUCUUCCUCCUUCUCUUCAAGCUCAAGGGCGGCAUCUUCAUCCCAGAGGCGCUUCGCUCCAGCUGGCCAAACCAGGUCGCCGGUGCGUUACAGGGUGGGUCCGCUGGACUACGAGCCUGCGACACCAUGUUGGUGCAAGAACAGGCCCAAGGCGGCCAUGUGGAUCUCGUGGAGCGAUGAGAACCCAGGGAGAAGAUACAAGACAUGUGCCCGGUCACAGAUGGGAGGAUGUGAAAUGUACGAGUGGUUCGACGAUCCCAUUGAGAAUCUGUUCCUCAAGCAGCUGGUCAUUGAUCUACGCGACAAGGUGCGUCAGCUAGAGAGGAUCAACUCAGAGUUACGAGCUGAAGCAACUUCGGUGCAGCAACGGCAAGCUGCGCAAAAAGCUGUUCAACCAGCUCCAGAAGAUAAUGUAGCAGUCAACCCAGGGAUCAGGUAUGCGAAGGCGCUUGCACUGAUCGUGCUGCUUGCAGCAGUGUCAAUCUACGUAGGGAAAUAAACUUGUAGCUGGCAUGUGAGCUAGAUCUCAAGGGUGUAACUGGAUAAGCUCUGAUGUACUAGUUAAUGGCUAAGAAUUUGCAUGCAUUAGAUAGGAUCACUCGGUGAUCGUCGUAGUACUGGGGAAAAUUAGUCUACAAGUUUGUUC